UAAUCACGUUAGAUUUCGCAGACUUCGACCCUCCCAUAUAAACCAGUUCGUGCCAAUUACAAGCCCUCUCUUGGCCUCGGGAGCCGUCGUCCACACUCCUGAAUCUCUUGAACGGAUCAUCGAUGGCAUAUGUUAAGGCUCAGAAAUCUAAGGCGUACUUCAAGAGAUAUCAAGUCAAGUUUAAGAGAAGAAGAGAGGGAAAAACUGAUUACCGAGCUAGGAUUCGGUUGAUCAAUCAGGACAAGAACAAGUACAACACUCCCAAAUAUCGCUUUGUCGUUCGAUUUACAAACAAAGAUAUUAUUGCACAAAUAACAUCUGCUAGUAUUGCUGGUGAUAUUGUUCUUGCUGCUGCAUAUGCGCAUGAGUUGCCACGCUAUGGUCUUGAAGUAGGUCUUACAAACUAUGCUGCAGCUUAUUGCACUGGUCUUCUAUUGGCUCGUCGAGUCCUUAAAAUGCUUGAGAUGGAAGAGGAGUAUGAGGGCAAUGUUGAGGCUUCAGGAGAGGACUUUUCUGUUGAACCUUCUGAUACUAGGAGGCCUUUCCGUGCUCUACUUGAUGUUGGUCUUAUUAAGACCACAACUGGCAAUCGUGUCUUUGGUGCCCUUAAGGGAGCAUUGGACGGGGGUUUAGAUAUUCCUCACAGCGACAAAAGGUUUGCUGGUUUUAAUAAGGAUAAGAAAGAGCUUGACCCUGAGCUUCAUCGCAAAUAUAUCUUUGGCGGUCAUGUUGCUGCAUAUAUGCAGACUUUGAUGGAAGAUGAACCAGAGAAAUACCAGUCCCACUUUAGUGAAUAUAUCAAGCGAGGAUUAGAGGCUGAUGGACUUGAGGCGAUGUACAAAAUGGUUCACGCUGCCAUUCGUGCCGACCCCACAAUAAAGAAGUCUGAGAAAGAGCCACCAAAGGAACACAAGAGGUUCAACCUGAAGAAACUUACAUACGAGGAGAGGAAGGCUAAGUUGAUUGCCCGUUUGCAGGCUCUCAACUCUGCAGCUGAUGCUGCUGAAGAUGAUGAGGAUGAGGAUGAUGAAUAGUGGAUGUUCCUUGCAGAUGGAGCUUAAGUACUACUCCGUGAUUAGAAGUUUUUCGCCCCCGCGAAAGCAUGUUUAGGACCUGUGUAAUUUCUUUUUCUCAGAAUGAUUAUCGCAUUAGUUUUGUUGCCUUCCUUUGUUCUUUCUCUAGGUCACUAAUUUUGGGUUUCUUUUAUUUAAUUGGGAUUGAUAUGUUACUACUUGUUUUCUUGUUUAAUCAAAGACGAUUCGUUUACCAUAAA